CUCCACGUUCACAUUGCUUUGAAUAAUCUUUCCCUCUGCCACACACAAACGCUUUGUUUUCUUUUACCCAGAUAAAAUUUUGGGGGAAAUCUGUGUGUUAGGGUUAAGAAAUCUGGCAUCGUGAACUCUUCAUGGACUUCCGCAGUAGAAAGGUUCAAUUUCUCCUCUUCGCCAUCGGAAUCGUCGCUCUCAGUAUCACAGCGGAAAAAUGUCGGGAACUUGUUGGAGUAGAAGCUGCAUCAAAGAGUGGACAGUUCACAUUCCUCAACUGCUUUGACAUGAGUUCAGGUACCGUAGCCUGUGGGGUCAAAGAAGGCGUCAAGCUAUAUUUCUACAGCAUAAGAUCUAUCCACGUGGAGAAAGCACGGAACAUCGCCAUCGAGAAAGCCUUACACGAGGCGUUGGUGAAAGGCAUGGCUGCGAACGAAGCAGCCAAAGACGCUCAGAACGCGGGCGCAAAGGCGGCUAAGAUGGCGACGCGGCAAGCGAAACGGAUCAUAGGACCGAUAGUUGCAGCCGGGUGGGAUUUCUUUGAGGCGCUUUACUUUGGAGGGACGUUGACUGAAGGGUUCUUGCGUGGCUCUGGGACUUUGGUUGGGGCUUAUUCAGGAGGGUAUGUUGGGGAGCAGAGGUUUGGGAGGUUUGGGUAUCUUGUGGGAAGUCAUUUGGGGAAUUGGAUUGGUGCGAGAGUUGGACUGAUGGUUUAUGAUGUUGUGAAUGGUGUGAACUUUUUUUUUGAGGCUUAUCAAUCUGGAGAGAGUUAUGAGGAUCGGUCUACAUAUGACACUUCUGAGGAGGAUCAGUCUACGUAUGAGCCUUCUGAGGAUCAGUCUAUGUAUGAGACUUCUGAGGAACAGUCUACGUAUGAAACUCCGAGUGACGAGCUGUAAAAGCUUCCUGGAUUGGCCAAAGACCUAAGGAGCUUUUGAAGAUGAAUAGAAUUGGAGAGGUCGAGAUGAUUCUGAAAUAUUUGUUUGUGAUACGUUUGACAUAGUUGUGUAGAGUAAAAAGAGUUCCAACAUUACUGAUGUAAGAAAUAUUGAAAGUUACAAUUUGUUUUUGUUUGACUCGAUUUGCCUUUCAG